ACAUAUCAGUCAGUCUACAACCAGCGCAAGUCUUAUCAUUCUUCACUCUCAAAACUUUCAUUUGUUCUGCAUACUCCUCCUGAUCUUUGUUUCUUUUCUAGUUUGUCAGAGAGAGAAUGGGUUUCCGCACGCCUCGUAUUGUCAAUGCUAAGCAAAUUCUCCGCAUGCCUUAUUCGGCAGCAGACCAAGCAGCUUCAACAGCUCUAAAUGUACCAAAAGGCUAUUUUGCAGUUUAUGUUGGGGAGAGUGAAAAGAAGCGAUUUGUGGUUCCAAUAUCAUACUUGAACCAGCCUUCAUUCCAGGAUUUACUACGUCAAGCUGAGGAAGAAUUUGGUUUUGACCAUCCAAUGGGUGGUCUCACAAUUCCCUGCAGAGAGGACAUCUUCAUUGAUAUAGCUUCUCAAUUGAGCAGAUCAUGAGAAGAUUCUAGGCAUGUAGACACAAUUUUGUAAAGCAGUAGUCAUCACUUCCAUGUACAAAUUUCAAUUUUGUACCUUUGUUUUUCAGAGAGGAUACUGGGGAUGAAAAAAAAAAAACUGGUCCCUUGUUUCAAAAAUUAUAAAGUAUAGGUCAUGCUGUUCUCUGACAAUUUCAAAGCAAAUACAUUUUUUUUUUCCC